GCGGGACAGCCUUUCCUGGCUGCUCCUUGAAGAAGGGAGUUCACAAGCAGCAGAGCACUCGCUGCCUGCUGUGUCUCGUCCAGCUGCGGCAGGGCUGAGCCCAAAUGGCUCCAGCAGGGACAAGAUCUCUCCUGGAGGCAGCGCCGCAGGGUCCUGCAGCCUGCUGCCUUGAAAACCUCCUGGAGAUCUGUGUUCUUUAAGACAUUUUGAGGGGCAAUUCCCAGAAGCCGCAGUCAGCUGAGGCAAUUCAGGGUGCAGGAGGAGCAAAAUCAUGGAGUUGGAGAGGAAAAUGCUACCCUUGGGAGCAGGAGCCAAGGGCUGGGCAGCAAAAAUGAGGGACUGGGAGCAAAGCACAAUCUUUGACCCAUAUGAGAUCCAGUGGCCUGAAUCCUCAGCUGAAGACGCAAAGCGGCUGCAGGGCAGCAUGGGUGGGGUUUGGCUCCUUUUUUGUGUUGUGGGGCAGCUCAAGCCUUUUUCCUUUGCAUCUUGCAGGAGGCUCUGGAGAUGUUGCUCUCAGGGGGUCCUCCAACAGCUCAAGGCCAUCCCUUGGCUGAUUAUCAUUACGCAGGCUCUGAUAGAUGGACACCUGAGGAGAAGGAGGCCUUCCAAAAGGCUUUCCACACCUACGGCAAGGAUUUCCAUCUCAUCCAGAAGCAGAUCCCAAGUAAGACCGUGGCACAGUGUGUGGAGUAUUACUACUGCUGGAAAAAAGAGCAGAAACUUGCCAGCAGCACUCUUGCUCAGGGAGUUUGAAACAAUCAAGGAGAGGAACAAGCACAGAAGAAGACAUUGCCCACACAAGGAUGCACAGCCUCUCCCCAAGAAGAAAAGGCCAAAUUAGCCCUGCAUUUGCCCCAGGCUAGCAAGAGUUAGGCGUCAAGAGGAUAGAUAGAAAUAAGAUUGUUUUUCAAGUUUUUAGGAUUGUUUAUUCUUCUAUUAGUUUACAUGAUAGUAAUCUCUCUGUUUAUUAGCUAAGAUAUAUAAGUAUUAUUCAAGAUGUAUCAGUAGUGUUAGAUUUAGCAAUAAAUGUAACAGGUUUGGUGUUUCUAUGCUUCAACUUUUCACAUUUUGUCUUUGUUGAGACACAAUCUGUUUUUAUCAUUAAACCAAAGUUUGCUCCA